UUUAUAUGUUGCUUGUAAUUUCUGUUUUGUUUUUUCCAAUUACUGGUAUAUCAACAGUAGUACUUUGCUUUAUUUUGAAAACCGAAUCCGGAAGCAGCUCAGAUGAGAGUUCCUCGCGGGGGGUUAGGCAGAUCGCCUUCUCUAUCUCUCACACAGACCGACGCUGCUUAUAACAAAGGCGGGACAACAGCAGUGGGGUGAUGGGAGCGCAUAAACGAGCUUGACAGGGCAACACUCAUGAACUAAAGCGAAUUUUUUACCCCAUUUGAAAACACAUUUUCCUUCGUCUAACACCAUUUUAUUUUAUUUUUUUACCAUCGUAAGUGGAAAGUAAAGCGGAAAGUGAAUGAGCGCCGGAGCACAUCUUAUUAAAAAAUAGUCCGCACAACAGUGGAAACGAUGAAAGGCUCACACUGAAACUUCAGAGCUGUCCUCUGAUUAGUGGGGACUAACUUCAAAAAACAUUUGUCUAAAACAGCCACCAUGUCUGAUCCAGAACUCUCCGAGUCUCCUUCGCCCCUCAAGCGUGAGACCAAAUCCAAACCAGAGAUCCCACCAAAGCCUUCCCCCUCGGCUGACAGCAACUCAAGUUUGGAGAUUUCUGGAGGAAAGGUGAAGAAUAUUGUAAGCAGGCUGAGCAAGCAAGACCUCAAUGGAUUGGUUAAUGGAACUGCGGACAUUACACCACCUAAAGAGGCUAAGAGGCCUCCAAAAACAAAACCCAAACCCGACCGGAGCAGCAUCCAGCUCCAGGUGAGCGCAGAGCAGACGCCGCCACUGCCCAUGAAGAGGAGCGUCUUCGCCAGGAAGCAGAAGGAGAACGAGAGAGAAGAGGAGGCCGACGACACCGACGGAGGUCGACCAGCGCCCGACGGAAAGGAGGUGGAGGCCCCGACUGGAGGGGAUGUAAUGGAGGCGGAGCAGGGUCAGCACGCCACGCCCCGUACCCGCUGCGAGGCGGACUGCAGCUGCAUCUGCCACCUGCAGAGGCCCGGCAUGAUGCUGGUGUGGGUGCCGGUGGAGGAGCAGGAGGAUGAAGGGGUGAAGGAGGAGCAGGCGGGUGGAGUCAGAGAUGAAAAGCAGACGGACGGCGAGCUGGAGAGCAGGACUUCUGAGGUCGACGGCGAUGUGAAACCGGAGAAAGCUAAAUUCCAACAGUCUUUGAACGCGUUGCUCGCCGAGGCCCCCAGAAAGCUGUCGGACUCCACUCCCCCCGCCGUUCAUCUGGAUCAUCCUCCGCCGGAACCCGACGAAGAUGACGAAGACAAUAUUUAUGAGUCGACGCUCCCCGUGUUUAGCCCCGCCCUUAAAAAAACGGACAAACUCGUCAUCCCCGACAUAAAAGUGCGGACGGCGGCUCGCCAGAGCAAACUGCCCAGCAGCACCCUGUCGGAGCCCCCCAACGGCGAGGACCCCGACAUUCCACCCGACAUCCCCCCCAGAGUUCCCAUCACGUCGACGCCCAUCCCCGCUGUCGCAAUAGACAGAUGUAACUCCGUACGCCCCGCCUCCCCUAGCCUCCCUGGCGCCAGGGGGCUGAGCCCUCAGCGAGGCGUCGCCCUGCCCUCAAGCCACACCCUUCAGCCCGUCAGAGUGGCCCCCCCACCGCCCAGGACAGACGACAGGCGGCACAGCUCCGCUUCACUGCACGCCCCCUCACUCAACAAAGAAGAGGAGAGCAAAGGGAGCGAGGAAUCAGAGCUGCCCGUGACCAGGAGAGACUCCAUCAAAAAGAAGAUUUCAUUCAUCUGGGAGUCCCGCCUCCAACACGAACCUUUGUACCAAACGUACCGCGCCUCCGUCAUCACCAAGGAGAUCCGGCGGCAGACCGUUUGCCGGAACAUCAGCAAAACCAGCGCCGACUACGACUGGGCCGCCCGCCCCAGCGCCAACGGAGGGGGGCCCCGAAGCAGCCCCGUCCCCACAGACAAGAGCACGCUGUGGCAGGAUCUCCCCGUUGUCCGGGACAGCGGCGUGCUGGAGAGGCUCACGCCUGAAGAGUGCAAGUACCAGGAGAGCAUGUUCGAAGUCCUGACCUCGGAGACCUCCUACCUGCGAUCCCUGCACGUUCUGACCGAACACUUCCUGGAGAACCGAGAGCUGGGGGAGUCGCUGAUCAUCAGGGACAACAAAACCCUCUUCUCCAACAUCCUGAGGGUGCGCGAGGUCAGCGAGAGGUUCCUAAAAGACCUGGAGGACCGCGUGUUUCAGGACAUCGUCUUCCCGGACAUUUGUGACAUCAUCCACUACCACUCUCAGCACAACUUCCCCGCUUACAUCGACUACGUACGCAACCAGAUUUACCAGGAGAAGACGUACGCCGUUCUCAUGAAGACCAACGCUCAGUUCGCCGCGGUCAUCACCCGCCUGCAGGAGUCGCCGCAGUGCCAGCGCCUGCCCUUCGUGUCCUUCCUGCUGCUUCCUUUCCAGCGCAUAACCCGCAUCAAAAUGCUCAUUGAGAACAUCCUGAAGAGGACAAAAGAAGGGACCAAAGAGGAGCAGUCGGCCUCCAAGGCUCUAGAGUCUGUCUCCAAGAUCAUCGAUGAGUGCAACACGGAGGUGGGAAAAAUGAGGCAGGUGGAGGAGCUGAUUGAAGUUUCGAAAACACUCGAGUUUGAUAAGCUAAAGGCGGUGCCGAUCAUCUCCCAAAACCGAUAUCUGGAGAAGAGAGGAGAGCUCCAGGAGAUGUCUAAAGGAGCAACGCUCUUCAACAUGAGGGGGAAGUUCAGCCCCGUCCACUUCUUCCUCUUCAACGACCUGCUGGUGAUCGCCGUCAAGAAAGGCUCGGAGCGCUUCGUGGUGGUCGACCACGCGCACCGCUCUCUGGUGCAGGCGCACGUCUUGGAGGAAGGGGGCGGCGGCCUCCCCCUUGAGAACUGCUUCGUCCUCACGCUGCUGGAGAACCACCAGGGACGCAUGAUGGAGCGCCUCAUCAAAGCCCCGUCCCAGUCGGACAUGCAGAGGUGGUUGGCUGUUUUCCCCAACCCCACCAACGCCAACGGCGAUGAAGACGAGGUGGUUUACGAGGACUGGGACUGUCCUCAGGUUCAGUGUGUGGAGCAGUACGUGGCCCAACAGGCGGAUGAGCUCUCCCUGGAGCCCGCCGAGAUCAUUAACGUGGUCCGCAAAACCACCGAAGGCUGGUACGAAGGCAAGCGUCUGUGCGACGGGCAGAAGGGCUGGUUCCCCUGCGCCAACGUCAUCGAGAUCACCAACGAGCACGUGAGGAGAAGAAACCUCCGCGAGCGCUACAGGGUGAUCCAGGCCGCCAUGAUAGUCACCAACAAGCCCCGCCCCAUAUAGUAAAACCACUCACUGUAGAAAAGUGCCAAAAAAAAGUUCUGAACACUUUUAUUUCCUCUGACGAACAAACAAAACUGCACAUUAGUUUGUGCUGAAGCAUGAGUUUUCACCAACAUGCUAAUGUGUGCUGUCCUGCAGCUCCCUCUGCUGGUCACAGUCUGAUCUGCAUCCACUGCAAAUGUAUAAAAUGUAAAUGAAGACAGAAGCUCCUUCAACUUUAAAUAAAAACACUUUUUUGUCAA